AUGAAUGUAUUCAGGAAACAAGCACACUGCAAAGGUGUGCUGUGUUGUAAGAACAGUGUGUUCGUGGUGUGCUGUGUUGUCAGAACAGUGUGUUCGUGGUGUGCUGUGUUGUCAGAACAGUGUGUUCGUGGUUUGCUGUGUUGUCAGAACAGUGUGUUCGUGGUGUGCUGUGUUGUCAGAACAGUGUGUUCGUGGUGUGCUGUGUUGUCAGAACAGUGUGUUCGUGGUGUGCUGUGUUGUCAGAACAGUGUGUUCGUGGUUUGCUGUGUUGUCAGAACAGUGUGUUCGUGGUGUGCUGUGUUGUCAGAACAGUGUGUUCGUGGUGUGCUGUGUUGUCAGAACAGUGUGUUCGUGGUGUGCUGUGUUGUCAGAACAGUGUGUUCGUGGUCUGCUGUGUUGUCAGAACAGUGUGUUCGUGGUUUGCUGUGUUGUAAGAACAGUGUGUUUGUGGUCUGCUGUGUUGUCAGAACAGUGUGUUCGUGGUCUGCUGUGUUGUCAGAACAGUGUGUUCGUGGUUACCCAAGUUAUUUCUUACAGUACUCAAAAGUCACCAGUUGA